UAUACAUGGUUUGUACAAAUUUUCUUUAUAGUUGACAUGUGUAUUGUUAUCAAAUAUCAGUUGGUGCCCUUUGGACAUGUAUAACGGUGCAAUGGAAAUUUCCGUUUUCAAGAUAACGAAACAAGCUGCUUUUUCUUUUAUUAAAUUUAAAAUCAAGACACUAUUUUGUAUAACAAUUUUAGGUUUUUUUGUGUUUUGCCCUGAUUUUAUCAAUACACAAACAAGUUUAGGCGGCGUUCAAGAAAUUCAGCACUCAUUUCAAUUUAAUGACACGUUACGAAAAUGUGAGGCUGGAAAUACAACUAGAGGUUGUCAAUAUAACUCUACAAUGCACGAUUUGGAGAAGAUAUUUUUACCAGCUAAGGGAAACAAAUUUUUUCAACUUUCCAAUCUUUUAAUGAACAAAUUGAUUAAUAAAAAAAAUAGGAUAAAGAAAGAAAGAUUUAAUGCUCACGACAACAAUGUAAAUCAAAACAAUUUUUCUGAAGCCUCUUUCAAUUUUAAGCAGAAGAUUUCUGAAUCGAUGCCGGUAGUUAAUGUUACCUUAGGGUACGAAUCGAACCGUCGGUACAAACGAGAUCAAAACAUUGCAGUAUCGGACGAUUCAGUGCAAAGUUUUUAUGCAAAACUUUCAAAGCAUCCUCUGAAAAGGCGUUCUAAGCGUGUCGAAUCCAAUAGUACAUGGAAUAGGAAUGUCAAAGGUUCGAAGAAAAGUAGGUAUGUUGUAACGCAGGUGAAUCGAGGUGGGCAUGAUGAAAAGGUCAUAAGACAGGUUAUAAAAAAAAAUGUACUUUAUUUUGAAAAAUUCACAAAUGGUUUAAAAAGAAAAAUAAAAAAUUUAGUAGAACGUGAAAAAGAAGGCUGGGGAGUAGAAGACAAUAUAUUAGAUGAUAAUGAUACUAUGCCUAAGACGAUGGUGCACAAAAUGAAUCAAAAAAAUACUGAAAUAAAUGAAAAAAGCUUCCCAAAAAUAAAUGCACUCACGACAGGACGUAGUCUAUCUAACAUUAAUGAGAACGAUGCAUAUCUUAACGAGGAAAGAAAAAUGAAUCAUGAUAUUAUACAUAAUGAAGCACGGCAUGCCAUAUAUAGGAACACUGAUAUAGAUGAUAGUGAUAAUCAGAGUGUUGUUAGUCAAGCUAUAAAAGAAUCUUCUCAAGCAGGUGUUGUACAACAAGUUAAUGUCGGUGGAAUGGUAGAAGAGAACAAAGAUUUGAGAAAAAGGAGAGCAUUUGACAACGGAACAAAUGAAGGAUUAGAGUUUUUAGAUGAACUUCAGAUUUUAGAAAGGAAAAACAGUCAAUUUGAGAACCCAAGAAAAAUGUAUCGUACAGUAUAUGAUACAAAGUUUACAAAUGAGAAAGAAAGUGAACUCAAGAGCUCAGAUCAUAUUAAUGAAACAAAAGAAAUAGUUGGAUCAGUGAACGUGUUUCUAAUAAACAAUGUGUCUUUAAAUUUUCUUCUUUCUGUAAUAAAUCUUCAAAAACCAAAAGAAAAAUUGUCAUCUAACAAUUCAUAUUUACUACAAACGACCAAUCUAGGCCGAAAAAAAAGAUCAAGUUCAAAAUCGGAUGUUUUGGGUUUUGAGGAGAAAUAUCAGAAAGGAACAUGCAAUUUCAUAAAUCAAGUAAUAGAACGUCUAGAUUUGAUUGCACAAGAAUCCAAAAAUGAUUAUUCUUUGCCAAGAAAAAUGAAAUCUGAGAAUAAAUUGAAGGAAUUACAAGACGGUAUUAUUGAGUAUUCAAAUGUAGAAGCGGAUUUAGAAGAAACAAAAGAUAUUAACGAAGUGCCUUAUUCAUCAGACAACGCAACGGAGAGAGAAAUAAACUUACGGUAUAUUCUUGAGAAAAAAACUAUUUUUAAUUAUAGACAUGAACUAGCGUUUGUAGCGUCACCGAACAAUACCGUGGAGAAAACUUUUAAUAAAAUGAGCAAUUUAAAAAAAACCCACAAGACGAAAUCGAAAAAAAGAUUGGUGUGUAGAUACGUUGAGAAUAUAGAAGACAUAUUUAGCAUAAUAGAAGAUGAUGAUGAAAGAUUACAAUUUGAGAAUGUUUUUUUGGAAAAAAAUCAUAAUAGUUUUAAUACCGACAAAGGAAGUUCAGGAAUACCUCCAAUGUACUACGUUUGUUUAGAUGAUAUUCAUACAGAAAGCGUUAUUAGAAAUGUAAAGAUAAGUAGAAUGACACGUGCAAGGUUACUUAAAUUAAGGCUUCCGUCGCAACUAUUUCCAGGAGCUCCUUUAAAUAUAAAUGUGGAUGUCAAUAAAACGUCAUUGUCAAUUUGUCCAAAGUCAAACGGUUGUUCAAAAGUUGUUGUAUUGGAUUUUAUUAGUGACAACGUAAAGGUUAAUAAAAAAAUUUUGACAGUCUCCCCGCAAUGGGAAACAAUUACCGAAGUUUCCCAAAACUUAAAUUGCGACUUGCCAAAAGAUACCAAUGAAACGUUUUCGACAAUGUUACCAGAAUUAAAUGUUUCAACGGAACCUGCUAAUGUUACCGCUGAUACUAACGAGACGUCUUCGACAAUGUUACCAGAAUUAAAUGUUUCAACGGAACCUGCUAACGUUACCGCUGAUACUAACGAGACGUCUUCGACAAUGCUACCAGAAUUGAAUGUUUCAACAGAACCUGCUAACGUUACUUUUGAUACUAAUGAAACGUCUUCGACAAUGUUACCAGAAUUGAAUGUUUCAACUGAACCUGCUAACGUUACCGCUGAUACUAACGAAACGUCUUCGACAAUGUUACCAGAAUUGAAUGUUUCAACGGAACCCGCUAAU